AUGCUUGUCAUGACAUUGGGUUCCACCGUUGCCAAAACUCCUUCCUUGGCCCUUACUGAAGAAAAUCUUCUUUUCUUGGAGGCAUGGAGGACACUUGACCGUGCAUAUGUUGAUAAAACAUUCAAUGGGCAGAGUUGGUUUAGGUAUAGAGAAAAUGCACUACGCAAUGAGCCUAUGAAGACAAGAGAAGAGACCUAUGCGGCUAUUAGAAAGAUGGUUGCUACACUUGAUGACCCUUUCACUCGGUUUUUGGAGCCUAAAAAAUUUAAGAGUCUGCGGUCAGGAACACGAAAUACUCUCACUGGAGUAGGGAUUUCCAUUGGUUACCCUACCGGAAAAGAUAAAUUGACCUCUGGGCUGGUGGUUGUCUCUGCUGCCCCAGGAGGUCCGGCAAAUAGGGCUGGAGUUCAUUCUGGGGAUUUAAUUCUUGCAAUUGAUGAUAUGAGUACUGAGAGCAUGGGAAUAUAUGAUGCUGCUGAACUCUUGCAGUAA